AUGGCUUCACUUCACAUGUUCGCGCUGAUGUUCGUAAGCGUAAUAUCGGCUGCCACAAUCAGGAUCGUUGCCGCCGUGGUCUACCGUCGGAGAAACCGGAGUAGAUCCGUCGGUUUCUUUCAUCCGUACACAAACGACGGCGGUGGGGGCGAGCGAGUGUUGUGGUGCGCCGUCAAAGCCGUUCAGGAAGAGUUUCCGGAGCUGGAAUGCGUGAUCUACACCGGAGAUCAUGACGCUUCCCCUAAAUCGCUCGCCGCCCGAGCUGUCGAACGUUUUGGAGUCGAACUGUUGAACCCUGUAAAGGUGAUACAUCUGUAUAAGAGAAGGUGGGUUGACGAAGCUACCUAUCCGCGAUUCACCAUGAUUGGUCAGAGCCUUGGUUCAGUGUACCUUUCGUGGGGAGCUUUAUGCUCUUUCACUCCUCUGUAUUAUUUUGACACCAGUGGAUAUGCAUUUACGUACCCUGUUGCUCGGUUGUUUGGAUGUAAAGUUAUUUGCUAUACGCAUUACCCGACUAUUAGUUUGGAUAUGCUGUCAAGGGUCCAUGGACGGAGUUCUAUGUAUAAUAAUGAUGCUUUGGUUGCUAAGAGUGUCUUCUUUUCUCAGUGUAAAGUUAUUUAUUAUAAGGUUUUCAGCUGGAUGUAUGGGAUUGUAGGCUCUUGUGCGCAUCUUGGAAUGGUUAAUUCUUCAUGGACUCAUUCUCAUAUUCAGAAGCUUUGGGGAAUUCCAGAUUGCAUUAGGAGAGUCUAUCCUCCAUGCGACACCUUUGGCCUUCAGGUUUUCUUCCUCUGGAUCUGUCGGAUAUAUGUGAAUACUAUUGGUAAUUUGCAGGCACAUAUGCUUCAACUUGAGGCGUUUGCAGUUGCAAUCAAUAAUUUGGAAGCAGGAGUUCCAAGACCUAAGCUUCAAUUUGUUGGUAGUUGCCGGAAUGAAGCAGAUGUGAGGAGGUUACAACAUUUGAAGGAUCGAACCAAUGAGCUGGAGCUGGAGCUGGAAAGUGAUGUGGAGUUUCACAAAAAUGUAACCUACAGUGAGCUGGUGACUCUUUUGGGUGCUGCAACUGCCGGAAUCCAUUCCAUGAUAGACGAGCAUUUUGGCAUCAGUGUGGUGGAAUACAUGGCUUCUGGUGCCAUACCUAUUGCUCAUAACUCGGCUGGCCCUAAAAUGGACAUUGUGUUGCCUGAGGACGGUAAGCAAACAGGGUUUCUUGCUCAAAAUGUGCAACAAUAUGCAGAUGCGAUACUUACAGUAACCCGGAUGCCAGAGUCCGAGCGGCUUGAGAUGACUGCAGCAGCAAGAAAACGAGCUUCACAGUUUUCGGAACAAAGAUUUUAUCAAGAUUUCAAGGCUGCAGUUAGGCCAAUUAUGUUGCAUAAUUAUUGA